AUGCGCGUGCUGCUCUACGGCGGCCUGGCCUACCUGCUGCUGAGCCACUUCGGCGCGCUGCGCCGGCUUGGCGACCAGGACGAGAAGGACGCGUGCCUGGCUGAUGCCGUGCGCUGCGUGGAUGCGCGUUCCGGCCGCAUCGCCAGCGUUCCGCGGCUGGCGGCGCUGCCCCGAAGCACGCCGCCGGAGCUGCCCUGCCGAUUCAUUGGCAGCUGGCAGACCGUGCAGCGCGGUUCGGUCUGGAAAAUCACGCUGGAUGACCAGGGCCGCGCGAUGCUCGACACUCCGGUGGCGGCGGCAUUGCCUGCCACCUCCGGCAAGAGCAGCUACUGGAUGGUGCAGAGCGGCCACUUCGUGUGGCGCCACCCGCAAGGCGUGGGUGGCGAGCUGGACAUCAAUCGCAUCCUGGGCGAAGACGAACGCGGCUUCGUGCUGGAGGAGAUGGAUGGCCGGCGCACGCGCUUCGACCGCCUCGACGCCCACCCGUCAACGAGAUGCAGCAGCAGCGCACCGAGCGCAUCUCGCGUUCGCGGCAGGAGGCCAGCCAGGACCUCGUGCGCGUGCAGAGCGAAAUGGCCCAACUCGACGAAGCAGAUGGUCGUGCGCCAGGACGCGCUGACCCGCACGGUGCUGAAGUCACCCGUGCACGGGGUCGUCAAGAGCGUGAAGGCCGGCACCAUCGGCGGCGUCGUGGGCAGCGGUGCGCCCAUCCUCGAGAUCUCGCCCAUCGGCCCGAAGGUGCUGGUGGAAGCGCGCAUCAAGCCCAAGGACAUCGGCUUCGUGCGGCUGGGCCAGACGGCCGAAGUCAAGCUCGCCGGCUAUGACUUCAACACCUACGGCGGCCUGGAGGGCAAGGUCAGCUUACAUCAGCCCCGACGCGGUGACCGAAGGCGACAAGAGCGGCGACGGCCACUACCGCGUCAUCGUCACGGCCGAGCGCAACAACCUCCAGUACAAGGGCGAAAAGCUGCCCGUCAUCCCCGGCAUGACCUCGGUCGUCGAGAUCAAGACCGGCGAGCGCUCGGUGCUCAGCUACAUGCUGCGGCCGAUGAUGAAGUCACAGGAAGCGCUGCGCGAGCGGGCGCCAAGGGCAUCGUCGAGACGAUGGGCGCCGGCAUCCCGGUGCUGAUCCAGCAGAGCACGCUGGCCCGCAUGCACUCCACCCGCGACCUGGCCUACCCUGAAGCCCUGUGGUGGCAGACGCCGGACGACUUCGUGCGCGUGCUCUGCGAGGUGACGCCGGCCGUGCUGGCCGAGCAGGCCCAGGCCUCGCGCCGCUACUACGAGGAGUGGCACCACCCGCGCGAGCUGGCCUACGCGGUCAACAACCCGCGCCGCACGGCGCCGCUGCCGCCGAUGCGCGGCAUGCCCUGCGACACCCUCGCGCUCUUCCUGAGGUAG